AUGAGUAAUAACACAAUUCAUAGAAUUGUGGAACCAAAAAAAUGUUAUUGCGAACCAAGUUUUCAACAAAAAGGUUCAGAAUGUAAUCCUGCAGGUUGUAAAACAAUAUCAGUUUUAAUUAUUGUUGGUUUUUUAAUACCAUUAUGUAUUUGUAUUUAUCGUUUUAAACAAAUGAAAGGAAGAAAGGAUAGCAGAUGGUCCAUUCUAUCCCUAACUCUCUUAACUAUUACAUGUUUAGCAAGAAUAAUUCGAUCGAUUCUUACAUUAUUAGAGGAAGACGACUUUAUUAUAAUGGGUCUAUUAUUCCUAUUACCUUUGGGGAUUUUAAUUUGUUCUUUCUUCAACACACUAUAUGUUUGGGUUAAAAUUAUUUAUCAUAUAAAUUUCUCAAAAUUGGUUACAAAGAUUUUUCCAUUUUUAGGUAAAAUCUUUCUUGGUUCACAAGUGAUAUUAAUGAUACUAUUAAUUGUUGCUUGUUUUGCAGGUUGGCAAUAUUCUUCAUCAAACAUAAUAUUAUUGGUAUUUUUAGUUUAUGGGGGGGUAUCAGCAGUAAUUUUUACAAAAAUGAUUUGGGAUGAAUACAAAGAUCUAUCAAGUAAAGAUUGUGGUGUAUUUAGCGCAGCCAAUCAUCAAAGAAUUAAAAAAAUUUUCAAACUUUCAAUUACUGCUAUUUUUGUAACAUUCUUUACAUUUGGUUUAACUAUUUGGAGUUUUGUUGUAAAUGGAGUUUUAACCAUUCCUCAUGCUAUUGCAUUUAACUUUAUUGGCCGUGCAAUUGAAAUUGCAUGGAUUUCUGUUAUGUUGGUUAUUUUAGCACCACAAUUGCAAACAUGGGAUCAAAACUCAAAUAGAACAGCAGGUAAUAAAGAAUCAAUUAACUUCGAUAGUUUAUCUGAUUCAAGUAUUGAUAUAGAAAAUGAUCCAGAAGAUAAUAUUGAUAAUAAUACCCUUAAUACCAAUAGUAACAACAACUCAUCACCACUUCAAACCCAACCACAACCUCAAACCCAACCACUACAACAAACCCUAGCUCCACCCAAACCAGAAACUUCCCCACAAAUCGACAAUAGUAAAAAUGGAGCUAGUCCAACAGUAGUCACUGUUGUAUCAACUGCAUCUGUAAAUCUUCCUGUAAAUAAUAAUAACAACAAUAAUCAUCAUCGUUUAAAUACCCAGCAAGAUCAAUAUAAAGACUCUGAAAACAUUAAAAAAUCAAACUAA